CAGGUGACCUCUCCUCCCCAGGCCUCUGCAGCCCAGCCCUCUGGGCAGACCUGAGUCUGGGCAGACCUCUCUACCAGUGCUAUAGUGGACGGUGACUUCUCCACGCUGGGACCCUGGGAAGGGCCUUUGCCCAACACCACAGACAGCAGGCACUGAAAGAGAAGAUUACUUUCCACCGGACCCCCUCUUCCACACAUUCCCACAGUCCUGCCACUAGUGAGGCUCUGGGAACCCCACCAAGAGCCCUCAGCCAGGAAGACACCUGUGCUAUGACAGCGACAAAGGCCAAGAAGGAGAAAGUUGAGGACUGCUGACAGCCCCGCCUUCUGUCCGGGAGCUGCUACCUCGACCUCAGGCCCUCCCUCCUCUUGUGGAUUUGCGAGUUGUCCCCUUCCCACGCUGAAGCAUGGUGGUGCAGGACAGCAUGGACACCCCUGGCGUGCCACUGGAGCCCUUCCUGCACCAGGUUGGAGGUCACCUGAGCGUACUGAAGUAUGAUGAGUACACGGUGUGUAAGCCCCUCAUCUCCCAGGAGCAGAGGUUCUACGAGUCCCUGCCACUGGCCAUGAAGCGCUUCACUCCGCAGUACAAAGGCACCAUCACCGUGGACCUCCGGAAAGACAGCCGAGGCCAUCUCAGCCUGGUUGCCAACCCACUGAAGGAGAUCCGGGGGCCCUUCCAGGUCUCCACGGAGUCAGCGGCCGUGGCCAUAUGGCAGACCCUCCAGCAGACCACCAGCAGCGGCGGUGCCCUCCCCCUCCCCCAGUGGCAGCACACCCAGCUGGCACACUCACUCAAGGAGAGCCCAGCCACAGCACUCCUGAUGUCCGAGCUCCACCUCAAGGCCCAAGUCCCCUCCCUGGUGGAGGAUGUGAACGGGAACCAGACAGAGAGGAGAAGCUUUAACCCGUGGGGCCUGCACUGCCACCAGGCCCACCUGAGCCGCCUGUGCGCUGAGUACCCUGAGAACAAGAGGCACCGGUUCCUGCUGCUGGAAAAUGUCGUGUCACAGUACAAGCAUCCCUGCAUCUUAGACCUGAAGAUGGGGACCCGGCAGCACGGGGACGAUGCGUCGGAGGAGAAGAAGGCCCGCCACAUGAGGAAGUGUGCACGGAGCACCUCGGCCUGCCUGGGCUUGCGCAUCUGCGGCAUGCAGGUUUAUCAAACCGAUAAGAAGCACUUUCUCUUCAAAGACAAGUACUACGGAAGAAAACUCUCAGUGGAGGGCUUCAGGCAAGCGCUUUAUCAGUUCCUACACGAUGGGACCCGGCUCCGGAUGGAGCUGCUAGAGCCCAUCCAGCGCCAGCUCCGGGCCCUCCUCUCAGUCAUUAGGAGCCAGAGUUCAUACCGGUUCUACUCCAGCUCUCUCCUCAUCAUCUAUGAUGGGCAGGAGACUCUGCAGACGCCCCACGGCAGCAAUGUCGUCAAAGUUGACAUCCGGAUGAUCGACUUUGCUCACACAACAUACAAAGGCUCCUGGAAUGAACACACCACCUACGAUGGACCAGAUCCAGGCUAUAUCUUUGGCCUGGAAAACCUCAUCCAGAUCUUGCAGGAUAUUCAAGAAGGAGAAUGAGACUUGUUGGGUCCAUCCAGAUUUUUCUGGAGGAUAGCUCUCCAAAGGGGCCUGUUGGUAGCUAGGGUAGUCUACACACCCCUGAGAUGUGUCUGUAAUAAUUAUACCUACACUCAAAAGCCAUCUCUAUACAUGGCAGGCUAUACUAACAGCUGCUAAGGAAACCAGCUCUGGAGGUGAUUCACGUAGCCUGGCAUCUUGCACUCAUGCCAGUCGUCGUAGGCUGCACAGCAGGAUGAAAUGGUGCCUUUCUGGAGUAAAGGGUGGGGUGCAGAGGAGUUACAGGCCAGCAUUACAGUGAGAUUCUGGAGUAUUUGCAUUUAAAGAUGCUUUCUUUUUGUCAUGCUGCAGUCUCACAAGCUGUAAGGCAAAAAAAAAAGAAAAAAAAAAACCUUACUUGAGGAAGCCUGGAAGAAUGAGUUCCCUAGUUAUCGUUUUUCUGCUCACAUGGGCUGCUGGCUCCCAGGGCAGACAGAGCUAACGAAUGUCUCUUACCUUCCUCAGAGGCACUGUUGGUGGGGCAGGGUGAACUGGGACAGAUCUGACCAUCUCACCAGCUUUGUCCCCAGGUUCUGAAUGGACAAGGACAAUCCCAGACACAGUGCUGGCAAACCAAGACCCCAGCUUCCCCAUUUUGGCCCGUGGAGAGGCGGGUCCUAUGGGAAGUGAUGAUUUUGUCAGAUUCUGACCAUGAAAUGCAGCUUCCGGUGGGGGUGAACACAUAAGGAAGAUGUGAACUUCUACUCUCCAGUUCUAUUUAUUUAUUUAGGGGGUGGGGUGGGGGAGUCAGAAGAGAGGAGCCUGGAGGACCCAAGAAAUCAGGUAAUGUUUAUGAGACGGGUAGACAAGUGUAAAUACUUGUUCUAAUUAAUUCCUUCUUCUGCAGCGUGGAAACCUAUUAUAAUGGCCUGGAGUCAAGCCUGAGAUACAUUACCCAAUUAGGGAAAUAAAUGUGUUAAUAAAAUUGCUGAGGUCA